AUGAUGAAAGACAUUGAGGGUUCGAUAGCUUUCGUCUCCCCGGGUCAAUUCGACAUUGAAAGACACAAUGACACCUGUGCCGAUGGAGUGUUCGUCCGUAAGGCGAAUAAAAUUUAUGGUAUUGGAAAUAGCAGCUGUGCUGUUCUGAAGGGACUGGACAUGACCGUUAAAAAGGGAACCAUAUACGGAUUAUUAGGAGCUAGUGGCUGUGGCAAGACGACCCUUUUGAGCUGCCUUAUUGGUUGUCGAAGACUAAAUAGCGGAGGCAUACUCGUUUUCGGUUACGAGCCCGGCUCGGAAGAGAGCGGCAUACCCGGUCCCAGGGUUGGUUACAUGCCACAAGAACUCGCCCUACACGACUAUUUUACUAUUAAAGAGACGCUGCAUUAUUUUGGUCGCAUCUACAAUUUGAAAUCAGAUUUCGUCCAUGCCCAACUGGAAUUCCUAUCCAAGCUGUUGGACCUUCCCCCGGGCGAUCGUUACGUAAAAACGUUGAGCGGCGGUCAGCAGCGACGAGUUUCCUUUGCUGUUGCCCUGUUUCACGAACCGGAAUUGUUAAUUUUGGACGAACCGACUGUUGGCGUUGAUCCGUUACUUAGACAAAGCAUAUGGGAUCAUCUUGCCCGUCUGAGCGCCGAUCAUGGAAGGACCGUCAUCGUUACGACCCACUACAUCGAAGAAGCACGACGGGCUAACACGAUUGGAUUGAUGCGUUCAGGCCGUUUACUAACGGAAGAUAGCCCAGAUAAUCUCCUACAGAAUUAUGCACUUGCUUCGUUAGAAGACGUAUUUCUUCACCUAUGCAUGAAAGAUUUCAGUAAUUUGCAAGCUGAAGUCGUUAACAAUGCUGAAACUGUCGGUGAGAUAACCUUAGUAGGCCAACGACUUUCAGAAGGCAUUGACAACGAUGCCUUUGAGCGUAGUGCAAGUCAAUUGGAUGUUUCUGAAACACCUAUUCCACCAAGUUGCUUUCCAACGGUAGCGAUUAAUCAAGGCUCAAGUAUCACCAACAUGAAGAGCGGAAAAAUAAAGAAAAUAGGAUUCAAAUUGUCUGUCAAAUGCGACGGAUCAGAGGCCGCCAUGCCUCAAACUUGUAACACGCAAUCCACGGCAAGAAUCUUUUCGCGCCACCGUCUUGGCGCGCUGAUUCAAAAAAAUCUCUUGCAAAUGUAUCGAAACGUUGGCUUAUUUCUGUUCAUCUUCCUUUUGCCGGCCAAUCAAGUGAUACUCUCUUGUUUAUCUCUGGGAGGGGAUCUUACGUCUCUCAAGUUAGCUAUCGUCAAUGACGAACUGGAUCCCAACCAAGGACGUAUCUGUAACUAUACGACAACCUGCACGUAUUCCAUGUUCAGCUGUCGGUAUCUUCGUUUUCUGGAUAACACGACAAUAGUCCAGGUGCCGUUCCAAAGUGUUGAAGAAGCUGUGGACGCGACCAAACGAGGCAAAGUUUGGGGCGUAGUUCACUUCGGAAAAGGCUUCACUGAUGAGUUGUUGGUUCGGCGAGCGGAUGGUAUUUACGCGGAUAAUGAUACGAUCCGUGCCAGCCGUGUCGCUAUUACUCUGGAUGAAUCAAAUAAGCAGGUAUCGCUGACUAUCAAACGACAACUCAUUGAUGCGUUUGGCGAUUUCAGUAAGGACAUCUUGGCAGCAUGCUCGUAUCAGCCGAUGGCCCUAAGCGUUCCUGUCACGUUUCUGGAUCCGAUCUACGGAGAAAACAAACCGCCGUUCACCGAUUAUAUGAUCCCUGGUCUUAUUCUGGCGAUUAUCUACUUUCUUGCUAUGGCACUCACAACCGGCGUCUUCCUAACUGAGCGCAAAUCAGGACUUUUCGAUCGCAGCAUGAUAGCCGGUGUUCAGAUGACUGAAUACAUGGCGGCUCAUUUGGUUAACCAGUUAAUCGUUCUGGUCGGUCAAACAUUUUUCGUUUACCUCUUCGCGCUGAUUGUCUUCAACACUGCUUGUCACGGCAACUUCGCUCUUGCGAUUUUCAUCACCCUCCUCCAAGGAAUGUGCGGCAUGUCGUUUGGUCUUCUCGUUGCGGUUGUGUGUGACGAAGAGACCAGCGCCAUCCAGAUCACGUUGGGUAGUAAUUAUACGAACCUCCUCCUGGCGGGCAUGUUAUGGCCAAUAGAGGCUAUGCCGACUUACCUGCGUUACCUUUCUAAUCUGACACCGCAAACGAACGCUAUUCAAGCCCUGAGAAACAUAUUGGGGCGCGGUUGGGGCAUGGAGCGCCGCGAAGUCUACAUGGGCAUCGUCACCAGUCUCUGCUGGAUUUUUGGCCUACUGUGUUUAAGUCUCAUUGUUGUCCGCUUUCGCAAAUAUACUGGCAAAUUUUAAUAGCGCGAUGUCUGACGCUUUACUAAUCAUGGAAGGUGAGAUGCCUGAAUUUGAUUUGUGUGGCUACGGUU